AUGAAUAAAGAUUUAGAAUCCUUAGUCAUAGCAGAUUUCGGAUUGGCAUAAUCAGUAGAUUAUCAUCCAUACACAUAUCCAAGGUGUGGUACUCCAGGAUUUGUUGCUCCAGAAAUUUUAGAAUAAGAUUCUGAUUAUGCAAAAUAUUCAGCUCUUUGUGAUAUAUAGUGCUGGGGUGAUAUUAUAUGUUCUGUAAGUGAACCUCUAUUUGAAACCAAGGAUAGGAAAGAGUAAUUUGAAUUGAAUAGAAAAUGUGAUAUUAAUCUUAGUAAGUUUACCAAUGAUUUAAUUAAAUGA